AAAGAGAAAGAACGAGAGGGACUUAAUUGUAUAGUUGCAAUGUCGGUUGAGUGAGUACUCUGUUGUAUGGUGCAGAGGGACACAGGAAGAGAGAGGAGGGAAGAGGAGGAGCGGGAAAAUGAGGAAGAGGAGGAGGAGGAGGACUGGUAGUGGAUGGGUGCUCACAAAGAUGACUGGGGCUUAGAGUGGGUACAUGGACCAAGCCCAGGGCCCUUUGAGGUAGCAAGUCAGAGUCAAAUGUGAACUCUCCCUAUCAUAUGGAGUAUGAUAGUAACUGAGAGUAAAGAUGGAGAGAGAGAGAGAUAAAGAGAGAUACUGACAGUACAUGUUUUUACUCAUGUUAACCCUACUACAGAGGACGAUUGGUAGGCCAGCAUACAAAAGACAUUGUGGUAUAUACUCUCUACUGACGGAUUGUUUUUGUAUGUGAGAAAUAUGAAGCAUGUGGUGUGUGUGUGCUUGUGUGUGGAUGUGUCUGUACACACACCACCGAUUCCCUUGGUCAGAGUAUAGAGCGUUAUCUUUCACCACCAGUAAGACUCUUUGACAAUCUUCUCCAGCCGUCUGUCUCCCUCCCUCCCACACAAACACACACACACACACACAGCCUACUUGUACAGUUACUAACCCCCAAUCCGCCAAUCACAGUACCAGCCUACCACACUCCAAGCCUCUCUAUCUCAGUAUGAAACCAUCGCAAUGUCUCUGAGAAAAUCGGAGUGAACUGGGUGGAGACCUAAUUGUCAAGAGCGUUUGAGAGUCCGCUGUGAGAAGUAAGCAUGCUCCGGGUGGCUUCUGCUACGGCCUGCUUGAGCGUUGCCAAGGGAAACAAACAGAGCCUAUCUUCCAGCCUGCACGGUCUAUUGCCUUCUCUGUCUCUCUCACUCAAGCACACACAAUAUGUGUGUGUGUGUGUGUGAAAGAGAGAGAGAGAGAGGUUAAUGGUCAAUACUGUCUAUCACGCAAAUUAAAUCGUGUUUAGAGCACCGCCUCCCUCCCCUUGAGGCACUGUAUACGGAGUGACAUGUGUCGCGGAUGUGUGUCCAUGUGACGCGCAGGACGUACCUACUGGAACAACUCACCCAUGCCACACCUCACCGGGUAUGACUCCAUACGCCAUCGACCAUGAAAUGUCGGACACUUUCUCUGUAAAUGAAACCCGAGACUCAUCAAUUAAUGCGCUUUCACACCACUGUCCUAAAUUUGUGUGUAACCUAGUUUCCACAGUUGCCUCCGACACUUCAUUUUCAUUCCUAAAAUUACAAAGUGCUUGUACUGUAACUCAGAGAAGUUCGAAACUGAUAAAGCGUAGAUUCAAUUUAUUGUAACGCCCCUCCCCUGCCACCUGUCAAAAUGGCCAUAGCCGUUUUGUCAACAUCACAAUUCUAGAGAAAAAGGUAUGCAGUAGGCUACGCAGCUAACAUUUGUUAAGUUUAAAAGACUUGAUGUCUGUGGUUUUUCAGCUCGGCUAAAGUAUGCAUAACAAUAUUCACAUCUCGAUAGCAAUUUAAACAUCUCUCUCUCUCGCACUCUCUGUGUACGCACGUUGGAGCGAUCUCUACCGGAGGAGACUCUGUAUUCCAGAGAUUGUUAUCCUAAUUUAAUUUUCCAUAUGUUUGACCGAUGCUCUUCUUGGGAUGUGCCUUCCCUCUGCUUGUCAGCAUAUUCUCCCAACUGACCUGCCUCUACACACGAUCUGCCAGCGUUUUCUCGUGGUGGGCACUCGCCAGAUAGAACUGUGCUUGCUCUCAGCGUUGCGAGGAGGUGAAUCAAUUUGAGGAAGAGAGAGCAGGAGAGAGAGAGAGAAAGAGAGAGGGCGGGUUGGCGAGGAAGAGCAAGGGAGAAGGAGAGAGACAGGGGAGAGAACACAUCGACUCCACGCCGCUGCCGUUUUGGGAUAUAUUUCUGGGGGUAAAAGCUCUGUACAGCAGUGAGCACCGUGUGGAAAGAAAGAAAGGACGAGGGAGGAAGAAAGAGAGAGAGAGAGAGAGAGAGCUCAGGCCGUACCCCAGUCCAGCCCAGUCCACUGACUCUAGUGAUGGAGCUGCCCCAUUUCCCGAGCCACCGAGUCAGGAGCCGAACGCACCGCGCAGCCCCUGCCGACGCCAUGGGGACACGCAAGAUGUAACCCACACACUUUCGACGACCCACUCGGAUCCACUCAAGAGAGGAGCGGCUCAAGUUAACGAAUGUGCUGAGAAGAUAACAGUGGAAGACUUAAAAAAGAAGACAGAACAGAUGGUAAUACUUUUGGUGAAAAAAUGAAACAUUAAAGAAGGAUCUAUCUUCGGACUCCUCGAAGAUUGCCAGAAUCCCUCUCACGGAAUUUUCCAGCACCCUUCGAAAACGGGCAGGGUCAUGACCCAGUUGCCAUGCGCAUCACCACGGUGACCGGCCUUUCCAGCCCCUCCCCCCUUCUCCUACUGGCCCAGCUGCUUUUGUGGCUCCUCCCCUUCCGCACGGACACAGUAGGGGCCGCCUCCACAAACUGUCCCACCCCUUGCCAAUGCUCCAAUCAGGCGAGCCGAGUGAUCUGUACCAGGAGGAACCUGGCUGAUGUGCCAGACAGUAUAUCAGUGAACACGCGAUACCUCAACCUGCAGGAGAACUCGAUAAAGGUGAUCAAAUCAGAGACGUUCAAGAACCUACGGCACCUGGAGAUCCUCCAGCUCUCUAAAAACCAGAUCAGCCAGAUCGAAGUGGGCGCCUUCAAUGGCCUCCCCAACCUCAACACGCUGGAGCUGUUCGACAACAAGCUCACCCAGGUGCCGUCGGCGGCCUUCGAGUACCUCAGCAAGCUCCGCGAGCUCUGGCUCCGCAACAACCCCAUCGAGACGCUGCCGGCGUACGUCUUUAACCGCGUGCCGUCGCUGCGGCGCCUCGAUCUGGGCGAGCUCAAGAAGCUCGAGCACAUCUCUGAGGCGGCCUUCGUGGGCCUGGACAACCUGCGCUACCUAAACCUCGGCAUGUGCGGCCUGAAGGACAUCCCCAACCUGACGCCACUCGGCCGGCUCGAGGAGCUGGAGCUGUCGGGCAACCGGCUGGAGAUCGUGCGGCCCGGCUCCUUCCAGGGCCUGGUGUCGCUGCGCAAGCUGUGGCUCAUGCACUUUCGCCAGAUGUCGGUGUCAUGGCUGCCCCGCGACCUGAAGAACCUGGAGGAGCUCAACCUGUCGCACAACUCGCUUCACUCCCUGCCGCACGACCUGUUCACGCCGCUGCCCAAGCUGGAGCGCGUGCACCUCAACCACAACCCGUGGGUGUGCAACUGCGAUGUGCUAUGGCUCAGCUGGUGGCUCAAGGAGACGGUGCCCAGCAACACCACCUGCUGUGCCCGCUGCCACGCUCCGCCUGGCCUGCGGGGGCGCUACAUUGGCGAGCUGGACCAGAGCCACUUCACGUGCUACGCGCCGGUCAUCGUGGAGCCGCCGACCGACCUGAACGUGACGGAGGGCAUGGCGGCCGAGCUCAAGUGCCGCACCAGCACGUCCAUGACGUCGGUCAACUGGUUCAUGCCCAGCGGUGCGCUCUCAUGGCGGCGCGGCUGCCCGAGUCUCGUAUCUCCGGUGCUCCCGCGGCGGCAGCUCAGCUUCACCAGCGUGGCCUUCGGCGACCCGGGGCCGUGCGAUCGCGUGGUGAGCAACACAGCGGGCAACACCACCGCCACGGCCAUGCUUAACGUAACGGCCGCGCCCAGCGACAACUACACCUACUUCACCACCGUCACCGUGGAGACAGUGGACAGUAACGAGGAGGACCUGGUCAACUCGUCAGGCUCACCGGCGCUGCGCACCCACAACCAGACCAUCAUCCGCAUCCCGGGGCCCACGCCCUCCUGGAGCCUGGUGCCCACCACCGCCUCUUCGCUCUCCUGGUCGGCGUCGUCCACGCGCGGCGCCUUCACCGUGCCCGUCACUAUGGACCCCACGUACUCGAGCUUGGAAGACGUCAUGAAGACCACCAAGAUCAUCAUCGGCUGCUUCGUGGCCAUCACCUUCAUGGCGGCCGUCAUGCUGGUGGUCUUCUACAAGCUGCGCAAGCAGCACCAGCUGCACAAGCACCAUGGCCCUGCGCGCGCCAUCGAGAUCAUCAACGUGGAAGACGAGCUGGGCGCCAGUGCUGGUGUGCGGGGCAGCGGCAUCUCCGGCGGCUCCACCAUGACCCAGGGGUCCGGCGGCGGCAGUGGGACCUGCGGAGGAGGAGGAGGUGGAGGAGGAGGCGGCAGUUGCGGUGGCGGCAGUGGUCUAGGAAUAGGAGGAAGCCAGAGCCUGCGGCUACAUCACCCGGAAAUCGUCAACCUGCCCAACCUGGCGCGUGCCGAGCACCUCAACCACUACUACAAGGCGCACCACUUCAACAACAACAUGCUGGGCCUGGGCAGCAUGGGCACCGGCGUGGGCCUUAACAACAACAACAACCCCUCGCCCUGCUCCCAGGGGAUGGCCACGUCGGUGCCCAGCUCCGGCGCCAUCUCCUGCUCACCGAUGCCCGUGUCGGUGGGCAGCGGCACGGGCACGCUGGGCUCGCUGCCCACGCCGGUGCCCCUGCCCCAGCUGAGCAUCCACGGCUCGCUCAAGGGCCUGAUGGGGAAAGGGCAAAACUCUCAGAUCGAGCCCCUGCUCUUCAAGAGUGGCUCCAAGGAGAAUGUGCAAGAGACUCAGAUCUGAGACCCAAAAAAAAAACAGCAGAAAGAAAAAGAGAAGGAGAAAGAGAGAGAUAGAAAGAGAGAGAGGGUGGGAAAGGGCAGAGAGACAGUCAGGGAAACACAAAGGUAAGGGUUUUUUUUUUUUUUUUUUGGCUUGAGCUCUUGACCCCCCACGGGUAGGUUUGAAAAGGCAGUAAACGCGAGUGGCCAUGGCUGUGUACAGACGGGAGUUAGACACUGUUGUGAGUGGUCACGAACACUCUCUCCGAGUGUCAGAGAGAAAGAGGGAGAGAGAGGGAAAGGGCAGUGACAUACACAGUAUCAGGAAUGGCACUCGCAGCCUAGCCCUACUCCACACACAAGUACUGUACACACACACACACACACACACAUAUACAAAAGUGAUGCCAUCAGCAGCAACAGGUAUACACAAUAUUAUCACACACACACACACACACACACACACAAAAAACACACGAAGACACAGACACAGACACACACACACACACACACACAACAGAUACACAGCACAGUAAUAACCAGCACAUGGACAAAUGUACGACGACACUGACAAUGACGUGCCAAACUCACACCGACCUGUGCCAAAGUGCAGCUGUUGCAGCGCCAUACACCACCAACCAGUGGCAGGCAUUCAGUAGGUGCUGUAUAGUGAAGAGCAGAGCUUCUGCAGAUUCUGUAUAGACCAUUGCCAUGGAUGUAAACAACAUUUGCUAAUCCAGACGAAAAGGUCAUUGAGUUAGAUUCAGAUGAAGCCCAUGAAACUGGGAGCCUUGAAGUAUUUGUACAGAUGUGGCAGAGCUUUACUGAGUCGAAGCAUAUUUAGCUGUAACAGAGUUGGUUUUUUUAUUUUAUUUUAUUUACACAAAGUAAGGCAUAUCAGUGUUUUUGCAAGGCUUUAUUUUCUUGAGAGAAACAGUUGAAUGAAGUCCAAAACAACAGGACGGAUGCAGAACUGUUGUGCCACUCACAAUGCUAUGCCGUUUUGGAGAUGUCGGAAGGAGGGAGGAUUUGUUUUUGGAGUUGUUUAAGUAAACGGACACGCUCAACCUUUCUCUCCUCCUAAACACCUCCAGUGGUGCUUUGUAGGAGUGAGAGGGAUCAACCCUCCCCCAAUCCCCCACCCCACCCCCACGCUCCCUCCUUCAAUCGAAACAUCAAGGGACAAGAGGAAGGGCAACAGAGACCAUGGGAUAUAUUUAAAAACAAUGAAAAUUAUAUAUAUAAAAAAUAACAAUUGCAUAACUGUGAAAUUUCACAAUAUAUAAAUAUAUUUUCAUUCAAAGAAAUAGAUAACAAGAAAUCUUUAACAAUUUUGAGACUGGAAGCCAAGGCUUUUGAGAAGUAUAGAGCUGCUGUUGUAGCGUUUAUCACUAUGAUGAACCUUUACUCUGGCUUAAAAAAAACUCACAUCGAAAAAAGAUGACCACAUUUUCUCCUUUUUUCUGUGAAAUUGGGCCAUAGUGGACAGCUGGAAGGGAAACCAUGAACUCUGGGAAAUUGUGUUCGAAUAAAAUGUUAGUUUGUUUUUUG